GCGCGGAGGGCUGUUGACGCAUCGGCGCCCCCGGCCAAUCGCACGCCUCGUCUUCCGAGGCGCAGGGCCCGAUAGGCCAAUCAGGGAGCAUCGAGGGGCGGGACGUGUCCGGUCCACUCACACCUCCACACACACAGGAGAGAAGGACAAAAAAAAAAUCACUGGUGCUGGCGAGUGAUAGAGACCGACGCGGGCACGUAGAGACACGGACUCGGGGACGCGGAGGCUGCUUCACGGGGACACGCUAUCCGGGGUUAACUGCUGACAUGGAGGUGUCCGUUUGACCCGCUCCAGACCCGCUCCAGACCCGCUCUAUCCAACAGGUCCACGCGCAGCGCGCGAGCAUGUCGACGGCAGAAGGAGCUGGCCAGCGCGAGGAGGGGGAGUACGGAAGGGCGGCGAAGAGGCAGAAAACAGAGGAGACGGAGGCGGAGGAGAGAGAGGAGAGAGAGGAGGGGGAGGAGGAGCUGGAGGAGGGAGAGGACUCGGACUCCGGCUCGCUGCCCGGUAACGUGGAGUCAGCGGGGGACAACCGGGCCCGUCGGAGCGCGAGCCAAUACGGAGAAGCGGGGAAGGACAAUGGCGAUGACUCCCAUCGUAUCUCUCCCAGCCCUGUGGUCCAUGUCAGGGGUCUGUGUGAGGCCGUGGUGGAAGCAGACCUGAUAGACGCCUUGGAGAAGUUUGGGUCCAUAUGCUAUGUGAUGAUGAUGCCCUUCAAGCGCCAGGCCCUGGUGGAGUUCUCCGCGGUGGAGAGCGCCGACCGCUGUGUCUCCUGCGGAGCGAAGGAGCCUGUAUACAUCGCAGGCCAACAGGCCUACUUCAAUUACUCCACAUCCAAGAGAAUCACCAGGCCGACCAACGCCGACAACCCCAACAGUGGCAACAAGGUCCUCCUACUGUCCAUACAGAACCCCCUCUACCCUAUAACCACGGAUGUUCUGUACACGGUGUGUAACCCGAUCGGCAGCGUGCUGAGGAUCGUCAUCUUCAAACGAAAUGGUAUCCAGGCCAUGGUGGAGUUUGAGUCGGUCCAGUGUGCCCAGAAGGCCAAAGCGGCGCUGAACGGAGCCGACAUCUACGCUGGUUGUUGUACGCUCAAGAUUGAAUACGCGCGGCCAACGCGUCUGAACGUGAUUAAGAACGACAACGAGAGCUGGGACUACACUAAACCGUACCUGGUCCGACGAGACCGUGGAAAGGGAAGGCAGAGGCAGGCAAUUUUAGGAGAACACCCAUCGUCCUACAGUGAUAACGGCUACGGUUCACCCUGCCCUCUGCUGCCUCUGCCUGGCAACAGCCGGUACAACCUCAGCUCAGCGGACGUUCCAGACAUGGUGUCCUACCCGCUGCCCCAGUCCUCCUCCUCGUACUCUGCCCACACCCCCAGCUCCGUCGCCAUGGUGAGCGGCCUCCAUUCAUCCAAGAUGAACUGCACCCGCAUCUUCAGCCUCUUCUGCCUCUAUGGCAACAUUGAGAAGGUCAAGUUCAUGAAGAGUGUUCCUGGCACAGCGCUGGUUGAGAUGGGAGAUGAGUAUGCCGUGGACCGAGCCAUCACACACCUCAACAGCAUCAAGGUGUUUGGCAAGAGACUCAACGUCUGUGUGUCGAAGCAGCACGCGGUGAUCCCCAGCCAGGUGUUCGAGCUGGAGGACGGCAGCAGCAGCUACAAGGACUUCGCCAUGACGAGGAACAACCGCUUCAGCAGCGCCGGACAGGCCUCCAAAAACAUCAUCCAGCCUCCGUCUGCAGUGCUGCACUACUACAAUGUUCCCCCGUGCAUAUCCCAGGAGCACCUGCUGAGGCUGUGUACGGAGCAUGACGUGCCUGGCUUCGUCAAAUUCAAGAUGUUUGAUGCCAAACCCUCCUCUAAGACCAUCUCCGGCUUGUUGGAGUUUGACAGUAAGACGGAGGCAGUGGAGGUCCUCACCGUCCUCAACCACUACCAGAUCAGGAUACCCAAUGGGUCCAACCCAUACACCCUGAAACUGUGUUUCUCCACCUCGUCUCACCUAUAAGAAGUCGCAGAGCACAAGAAGAGCCCGACGGUGGCCGACCUCUGACCUGGGAGAGGGAGACGGGCCGUGAGAGACAGACUCACAGACGAGUGGAGGAGAGACGUAUGAAAGAAGACGAGAGGCAGAGAGACAGACGUGGCCUUUAAAAGGAGGUGAAGAUGGAAAGAGACGUGCGAAGGAGAGAGCGAGGACACGGUCACUGUCUCCAGACUGAACAUCAGGCGCACACGCCCAUCAUCCCAUCGUCCAAUCACAGCUCAGCAAACUGACGGACGGAAAUACUCGAGUAAUGACCGACAGGUAGACAGGCAGACAGACAGAAGGAAAGAAAAGCAGACAGACAGAAAAUAAAGAAAAGCAGACAGAUAGAAAGGCAGACAGACAGACAACCAAACAGAAAGAAAGAAAGAAAAGCAGUCAGACAGAAAGGCAGACAGACAGACACAGAAAGAAAGAAAGAAAGAAAGACAGGCAGAAAGAAAGAAAGAAAGAAAAGCAGACAGACACAGAAAGAAAGACAGGCAGAAAGAAAGAAAAGCAGACAGACAGGCAGACAGACUCUGUUGAAUCUACUGUACAAACCCUCAUUGACGUUCAGACGUCUCUAAAACCCUCAUCUGCCGCACGGUGACUCCAAUAAUACUUUAAUGUUUAAGAAGUGGAUGAAUACCGCGUGUUGUUUUUAAUCGUCAUUGAACUUAUCCAGUAAACGUGGGUAUGCUUUUAACUCCAGUUUUCACGCAGGGCUCAUUAGUGCCACACGACCUUUGACCCGGGGUCAGCGAGGUGCCUCUCCACCAGAGUGACCUCCGCAGCACGGUGAACCGACGGCAGGUGUUCCAAGAGAUUUCUCUCUGAAUAUUCACGUUUCCAAGGGAAUUCAUUCAACUGUUUUUAAGCGCUUCUUUCCAUUCAACCCCAAAUAUAUGUCAAACUCUAAUGAGCGGAUACUGAGCACCAUCAUUCCCCUCCGAGGAGAUGUCCGUUACGUUGUGGCUCUCCGUGACCUUCCAUCAGCUCCACUUUAAGAAAUAUCUGUCAGAUCGCCUUUCAUGUUCCCAGAGGGAUGAACCCGUUUCUGGCUUCUCUGAGGCUCUCUUGCGCGCCACCCGCAGGACAAAGGCAGGUACUGCACCGAGGUCGUCGAAGCUCCGUCUGCUCCUGACACCGUGAACAUUCACCUCAGCUAAAUCUGAUACUAUUUCAGAAAAGUUAAGUUAAUAAUAACAACAAUAAUAAUGGAUCUUGGAGUAUUUCAUCAUCUUCCAUUGUUGAUUUCCAUUUAUUACAUAAUGGAAUGCCGUAGCACACAAUAAACUAGUGCAGUGUAUCUGAUGGGGUCCUGGGACUUUACUGUGACCUUUAACAUCUCGUCACCAACCAGAGGACUGAAGUCUCUCCCUCUCUCUGCGCGUGUGUUGAUAUCAGAGCCGCCUCUUAGUGCAUGUUAGCGCACGUGAGCGUGCCCCUUAGUGCAUGUUAGCGCACGUGAGCGUGCCCCGCGGCUCUCACGCGGCGGCCGCAGCCUGAAACGUGUGUCGACGUGGAAGCCUUCCCCCUCCGGUAGACGCCGAUGGCUCCGAGCCUUUUAAAGAAUCACUUCAACAUGCGACAGCCGGAAACAUCCGAGAGCCAACAUGUGAUCGGCAUCAUACGCGUAUACAAUCUUCUUUUCUUCUUUUCUUAUUCCGUGUUUUUUGUGUUGGUCCAAAGUGUUUUUCUGGCAUGGUAUCAGUAUUCUAUGACAGGGGACUGGGUCUGUACACUUCAUAUUACUGCAGUCAGACCAGGAGUCUCCAUCCUGAUGAUGUGGUGGAGCGGAGUAGAAUUACAGCAGCGUGGCGGGGUCCUCCACGCCGCCCGGUGGAGUCCUCCACGGGGUCCGCAGCGUCAUUUUUGCCUGUUUGCAUUUGCCAUCCGACUUCAUCCCACAAAUCAAGUUAUUUCCCAUUAUUCAACAUCAGAAAGGUGGGAUUGUAGAAUGCGGGAUGACUUGAUUGGUCGGAUUCAGCGUGAGGCCAUGCGGAGAUGGUUUUCACGCUCAAGGGCCCAUUUCACGGAACCUUUCAUAGUUUUUGACCAUAAUUCCUCGGAGGACACGUGCUAACAGUUUACUCAUCGGGAUGUCUACACUCUUUGAAAUAUAGCUACUAACCAGAACCAUACAUGGUAUUUUUUUGACCUGCCCCCAAAAUAUGUAAAUUCUUUGGUUCUGUGUUGUAGCUAGAACCCAACAUAGAAGGGUUAUUCCUAGAACCAUCUGGUUUCAUCCAGAAUCCACCCUGAGGGUUCUAUGGGGAACUCUAAUCCAGGGUUCCUCAUGAGGCUCCUGAAGGGCUGAUGGUGGUGCUGUUCAUGGUACACAAUCAGUUUUUAUGGAUGUGAACGCUGGGACGAUCUCAUACCACCCAUGCUUUCAACUGUUCUUGUUAAAAAAAAUUAAAAAAGGUUUUUGGAUAAAAAGGGUUCUUCAUAAAAAAAGUUCUUUCUUAAAAAAGGUUUUUUUUCAAAAGCAAAUGGCUCCGGGUAGAACCUCAGCUCUUUAUGAACAACCUAUUUUUUUGGAGCCCUUAUUUCUGUCCACGCUGUCGACGCUACAUCCACACGACUACGUUUCCAUUUUACAACAUCUACUGUUGGCUCCGUUCACUCCUCUCCGGCGUUUUAGAAUCCCUGUAAAUCCUAAAUCAAGUAAAAGUUUUGAUUUGUAAGUGUUCAUCCUGAGAGAAAAUUUGACUGUGAGUGUGAUGAGAGUGUCAUGUGAGAUGUGAAAUAGGGCACCUCAAAUCCUGAUGGAUAAUCGGACACUAUGGGCACAAGUACAUUUGAUAUGAGUGUGAGAAUAAGACAGAAAUCAGUUUGACAAAUGUGUUUAUUAUUAGAGGAAGAGAGGGAGGAUUUGAGUCGAGGAAGAUUGUAGACAAUCUUAAGUAUCAAGCAAUCUUUUAUUAUUAAAGAGUGCAAUAUAACUCUGUUGUAUUUCCUCUGACUGAGCAGCCAAUCUACUUCCUGUUUACACCGGCAGUGUACGUGAAUAGUCAUGUGAUACAUCUCUACAGCGGUGCUGGAACGCCCUGUACUAAAAAGGGAAACGUAUUAGUGUGGAUGUAACCUUUUAAAUGCACCUGAAAUACCUAUUACUCAUAUACAGUGCUUUUCUUUUUUAAGGGAGUGCACAACGACUGCAAAUAUGUCAAAGUAGAACCAGGAAGUAGCUCUUUACAGUUUGGGUAUUAAUCUCAUCCUCGCCUCCCUCGAGAAGGAGCUGAUUUUACUGAUUUAACUCACUUUGUAUUCCAUCUUUAGUCGUACCUUAAAAAUCCGUUUGGCCUCCGGAGAAAAUGCUUUUGUUCUUUUCAAGAAGAAAUAUAUACCUAUUUGCACUGCGCAUGGGAAACUACUGGAAUUACAUGAUAUUUAAGUGUCUUAUUUUUAUAAUAUAAUGCUUUUUUUUCUUUCUUUUGGGUGUAUUUUGCAUAACGUGAGUAGAUAGGCUGCCUCCUAUCCGCCUUGGAGCCGAUCGCGCGGUGAAGCACAGCCUCCUGGAGGGAACAAUGACAUCACACUUGUGAAUUAAGACAUGCUUUUGUAUAUAAUAUGUAAAUAAGGAAAAAGUAUGAAAACGUUUUUGACAAAUGAAUCCCACUUAAAUUAUUGCUUAAUUAUCGCUCAUUUUGAUGUUGUUUGUACGUCUCUUGCGGCACUUGAAUCUUACUGUGUUUCUGAAGGUUUUAUUUAUUCCUUUUAACGUUUUUUAAGCCUUUGAGGGGGUUUGAUACACGAGGGCUGUCGUCACUCCGAACCCGAUGUGAGUUUUUUCUUCACAGGACUGACGGUACCAGACGAAUACAAAUGUUUCUCAUGGUUUUUUGAGGUUGUAAAAGGUUAAAUGUUGUUAGUUUAGUCUGUAAUCGCUAACAGAAAUACGUAGAACUAUUAGUGUUCCAUUCAUUUAAGAAUCCCUGUGGUUUUAAAUUAUAUGUACAUGUCCAAAUGUAAUAAAUUCAGGUUUGCGGUUGUACGGUCAGCUCCAAACAACUCAACUCAA